CUGGGCUUGGAGAGGCGGCCGAGGCGGGGGAGGGUCCCCGAAGUUCCGAAGUCGGGGGCCGGGAGGGGACGGCUGGGCACGCGAGGUGCCCGACGUUCCGCACCCGGCGUCGGAGGAGGCUGCGCGCGCGGGGUGGGGGGAUCCCCGACUUUCCGAGGUCCGCGUCAGCAGGGUGUCCCCGAAGUUCCGCGCCGGGCGGUGGGGGUGGCAGGGAAGGUGGCCCCCGGAGUCGCGGACCUGGGGCUCUCGCGGGGAUCUCCGACGUCCCGAGGUGGGGGCGCGCCCGGGGUGUCCCCUACCCCCGGCGGAUGAGUCCGGGGCGCAUAGGGUGUGGGGCCUCUGCCCCGGGCCCCCGGGAGGUGGCGAACCCCCACCCCCACCCCGCGGCGGGAGCCCGGGCGCGCUCGGCGGCGUCCUGGACGCGUGACCCGUGGGGGCCAAACCAGCAGCUCCGGCCACCCAGCCCGGUCUGACCAAUGUCCACAGCCAGGGAGCAGCCCAUCUUCAGCACUCGGGCACACGUGUUCCAGAUCGACCCGGCCACCAAGCGGAACUGGAUUCCCGCGGGCAAGCAUGCGCUCACCGUGUCCUACUUCUACGAUGCCACCCGAAACGUCUACCGGAUCAUUAGCAUCGGAGGCGCCAAGGCCGUCAUCAACAGCACCGUCACCCCCAACAUGACCUUCACCAAAACCUCGCAGAAGUUCGGGCAGUGGGCGGACAGCCGCGCCAACACCGUCUACGGCCUCGGCUUUGCCUCGGAGCAACAUCUAACCCAGUUUGCUGAGAAGUUCCAGGAAGUGAAGGAAGCGGCCAGGCUGGCUCGGGAGAAGUCCCAGGACGGCGGGACCGAGCUCACGAGCCCGGCGCUGGGUCUGGUCUCCCACCAGGUGCCUCCCAGCCCGCUGGUCAGCGCCAAUGGCCCCGGCGAGGAGAAGCUGUUCCGCAGCCAGAGCGCCGACGCCCCCGGCCCCACCGAGCGGGAGCGGCUCAAGAAGAUGCUGUCCGAGGGCUCGGUGGGCGAGGUGCAGUGGGAGGCCGAGUUCUUCGCGCUGCAGGACAGCAACAACAAGCUGGCCGGCGCCCUGCGAGAGGCCAACGCCGCCGCCGCGCAGUGGAGGCAGCAGCUGGAGGCCCAGCGUGCGGAGGCCGAGCGGCUGCGGCAGCGGGUGGCUGAGCUGGAGGCCCAGGCUGCUGCCGAGGCCACGGCAGUCAGCGAGAAGGAAGGGCAGGGCCAGUCGCUGGAGCAGCUGGAAGCCCUGGUGCAGACCAAGGACCAGGAGAUCCAAACGCUGAAGAGCCAGACGGCCGGGCCGCAGGAGGCGGCGGACGCUGGGCAGCGCGAGGAGACCCAGCAGAAGGUGCAGGACCUGGAGACACGCAACGCGGAACUGGAGCAGCAGCUGCGGGCCACGGAGCGCAGCCUGGAGGAGGCGCGCGCCGAGCGGGAGCGGGCGCGGGCCGAGGUGGGCCGGGCCGCGCAGCUGCUGGACGUGCGGCUGUUCGAGCUGAGCGAGCUGCGGGAGGGCCUGGCCCGCCUGGCGGAGGCCGCGCCCUGAGCUGGGGGCGCCCUCGGCGGGGGUCCGGGGGGGGGGGCUGCCCGCCGGCUGGGUCCCCGCCUGGGGCACACGGGCCUGGCCGCCCUGGCAGGGACCAGGGGCCGUCCGAGCUUCUCCGUUGUGUAGAAAUUUCUAGACUCCCCGGGCCACGUGCUGGGGUCGAUUACAUUUCUAAGCAAGG